GGUUAAUGGUGUGGAGGGGAGGGCGGUCGGGAACAAGCCGCUUGCCCGCUCUCUUGCUCGUGUCAAGGAGCUCAUGUAUGACGCCGACGACGUUGUGGAUGAACUUGACUAUUGCAGGCUCCAGCAACAGGUCCAAGGAGCUGCUAUUGAGCAGGAAGGCAUAGUUGUAAAUGCAGCAGAGCAAGUAGAUGCAUCGGCCAAUGCUGUUGUUAUGCUUGCUCCUGCUAUUGUGCCAGAAGACAUGGUUGGAGAUGGAGAUAGUAGAGCUGGAGCAGAGCACGUAGCUGCAUCGGCUAGUACUGCUGGUAUAUCAGACAAUAACGCCCGAAAAAAUCGUUCCAAGGAGCGGGACUAUUUUCACAUUACACCAGCCGUUAAUGGACAGCCUGCGAGAGCCAAGUGCAUUGACUGUGGUACACAGGUUGCUUUUAGUUACGGGACGUCAGUUUUGCGCAAACAUCGCAACAGUGCCAGUUGCAAGAAGAAACGUGCAGCGGUUGAAGAGGCGUCGAAUUGUCCAAGUGCCAUCGAUAGUGUACAAAAUUGUGCCAUAACUUUGAAUAGUACUGAUUCGGAGUGCAGAAAAAGAAUGAGAAUUGAGAGCAAUGUAGCCACUGCUACACACUCCUGGGACAAGGCCAAUUUUUUUGAAAAGGAUACACGAAAUAGCUCUUGAGUUAGGAAGUUUCCGGGGCUAUGUGAUUGAGUAUCUCAAGGACUCUAUUGCAAGUUUUAAUCACUAUCAUCAGAGUAACAACACCUUAGAUACAGGAGUAAGGACAUCAGGCUCUCCUCCUGGAGAAGUGUAUGGAAGGUACAAGGAUAAAAACAAGAUCAUGAGUGUGAUUGAAGCUGCUAAGUCAGACAACAUAACUGUACUGCCUAUUGUGGGAGUUGUAGGAGUUGGGAAGACAACUUUAGCUAAACUUGUAUACAAUGAUGGACUUGUGAAAAACCAAUUUGAGCGAAUAUGGGUUUGGGUGUCCAGCAACUUUGAUGAAUUAAGAGUGACAAGGGAGAUAUUAGAUGCUAUUACCCUAGACAGCCAUGGAGGAUCUCCUCGCGUAGGAAGCUAUGAAGGAGUAAGCAACUACACAAAGCUUCAAGAAGUCUUAAAGAAUCAUAUGGCAUGUCUACCCAAAAAGUUCAUGCUUGUUCUAGAUGACGUCAAUGACUGCAUGGAUGAUUCUCGAUGGAAAGAUCUGUUGGAUGCUUUGGGAUCAAGUUGUACAAAGGGUAAUGUAAUUAUUGUGACAGCUAGAAAUCUCUGAGCAAAUGAAGUUUUGCCUAUAUCUCUGAGCAAAUAUUACCAUCUUGAGGUACUAGAUGUUGGUCAACCAGUUAUUGUUGAUGGUACCAGUGAUCUUGUCAACAUGAGGAAUCUUAUUCUCUCAAAGGGAGCAUGCGGUGUUUCCUCCCCAGCAUGGUUUUCUUGCUUGCAGACAAUCCAUCUAGAAGAUCAUGAAGGAUGGGAAAUACUUCCGUCUCUAGAAAGGCUAUCACAUCUUACAAAGUUGAAGUUAAGGAAUCUGCCUAAUGUAACAGAAAUGUCGAUUCCUUCGUUGGAGGAGCUGGUGUUGAUUGAUAUGCGAAAGUUAGAUAGAUGUUUGUCCAAUUCAGUGAGGGACCUGAACUCAAGUUUGAGGGUACUGGAGAUCAGGGCAUGCUGGGUACUAAAAGCCUUUCCCCUCUUUGAGAGCUAUGAAAAAUUUGGAAUCGGGCAGAAGUCAUGGUUGCCAAAUAUUAGUGAGCUGACUAUCCAUGAAUGUCCUCAUUUAGUGCUAUCAAAUCCUCUUCCACCUUCAAGUAGCUUGUGUAAAUUAUCGAUCAGAGAUGUUUCAACACUUCCAACAAUUGAGGGAUCAUCAAAUGGGGAAGUGAAAUUUGUAUUAUGUGGUGAUUCAUCUUUCAUUGAGUUGCUGGACGAGAACGACAGCAUGUUGUUAUUUGACAACCUGAGGACCAUAACUAGAUUAAAAAUAGUGGGCUGCGGAAACCUAUGGUCUUUUUCAUUUGAGUGUUCCCCUUCGGAUGUUCCAUCAGCGCAUGCCCAUGAAGACAUGGCAGACACAGAUUUUGAUGCCUUAGAGGAAUUGCAUCUAGUUAGUUGUAAGCAAACAACAGGGCUGUUGAUAGAAGGGGAAGAGGAUAGUUUAUCAAAUCUCACCUCGGCUCCACGUGCUCCGUCACAGGGAAAUCCAGAUUGUGCAUCAAAAAGCUCAUGUUCCGAACUCCUGUACAUUCCAUCUUAUUCCGUUCCGUCUCUCAAUAAGAUGUCUAUUGAAGAUUGUGAGCUAAUAAAGUUCCAAGGAAACAAGGAAGGUUUCUCUAGGUUCACCUCUCUUGAGGAGCUAAGAAUUGUUGAUUGCCCCGAGCUGAUACCGUCUUUGGUGCAUGAAUACGAAAUCGAUGACCAGGCAAACAGAAGAUGGCUUCUCCCGUGUUCACUAGGCGUAUUGGAUAUCAGAGGCGUUUCCCUAGAAACACUGCAGCCCAGCUUUUCAGGAGAUCUGACCCGCCUCACAGUACUAAAAGUGUCAAGAAUCCAUGCAUUGAAGUCUCUACAGCUGCAUUCCUGCACAGCACUGGAAAAGCUGACAAUUGGACUUUGCGAAUCGCUGGACGCACUAGAGGGCUUCCAAUCCCUCCGCAAUCUCAGGUAUUUGAAAGUAUACGGAUGUGCGCAAUGGCAAAGUCCAUUGGUUGGGGGGCUUCCAUCCAGGGUUCAAAUCCUGGGUGCGGCACUUUAUUCUGGAUUUAUUCCAGGAUUUUUCGGCGCUAUGCAUUAAGUGGUAGGCGACGUGCCCGUCGACAGCGAGGCGCCUGUGGUGACUUCGUGAACUUCAAGAUUUGCCGGCUCAGUCCUUCGAAGGUGCUCAUAGGGGUAGGGUUUGCGUACGUGUGUUCAUAGGGGUGAGUGUGCGUGCGUGUUGAGUGUCUGCGUUGUACUGUGUAAUCUAAAAAAAAAAGAAAGUAUACGGAUGCCCAAGCUUACCUCAAUGUUUGAAGAGUCUAUCAACGCAGGUUUACGAGCUGUGCCCUCGUUUGGAACGGCUUCGGUUCAGCGACCUUUCUCUUCUUACCAAGCCAUUCUGCAAGCACCUCACCUCUCUCCAAUGCCUACAACUCGAGUACAGAUAUAAAGAUAACGACGCGGCAGGACUAACAUGGGAGCAAGAGGCAGCGCUUCAGCUCCUCGCGUCCCUGCAACACCUCCAAUUCCAUGGUUACCACAAACUCUCGGAUCUUCCCGUGGGUCUGCAUAGCCUUCUCUCUCUCAAGCGACUGCAGAUCUUUUAUUGCCCCAAUAUCUCAAGGCUGCUAGAAAGGGGCCUCCCACCUUCGCUGGAAGAACUGGAGGUCUGCGGCUGCAGUGAGCUGCUAACCAAGCAAGUCAGAAAGCUAGCAACAAGCAAGCUAAAGGUAAUAAUCAAUGGGAACUAUGUGAACUGAUUACUGGGUGGCUUUUUAAGCACACGUUUCACCACAUCACCUUAGAAGGCAUUCAAGCUGGCACUGUGGCUGUAAUGACUGUUGUCACAAUCUAGGAGUAUCAUCAUACUACUACUACUACUAUUACAAGCUGUUUGGAAGUGUUGAAAGCAUCCCUAUUUCUCCUAGGUGACCUGAUACAAGGACGAGAGGCCAAAAAUGUUGGUCUUUAUCAUACUCUGUAGCCUCAAAAACCUGGAUUUUCUUUUGGUGCAAGAUUUGCUUCUGCACAGACUUUGUUUCACUUGUAAACCUUGUCCUAACGUGGUCAUGUUGCUGAA